AUGACGCCUUCGAGCGUUUUACAGAAUGCGCUAGAGGAGAUCGAUUAUAAUGAGAUCGGUAGUGAAACGCGGGACAAUUUCGAUGAGCGUUUUCUUGAAGUGAAAUCGCGUGUUCGAGCUCAAUUUGACAGUCGUGAACGCCGAUUGAUUCGGUCGUCCACAUUGCGGCGUGAUGAGACCAUCGAUCUUUCGGCUAAUGGCCUCAGUGCCCGCGCUAACAGACGUCGUCUUCCCGAGCUCAAACUUCCCACGUUCGGUGGAGGUUAUACGGAAUACGCGAGUUUUUGGUCAAUUUUCGAGUCUGUCAUUGACAAGGAUAAUGAAUUAGAUGAUGUUGAGAAGCUCCAGCAUCUACUAUCGUGUUUAACUGGUCCAGCGUUGGAUGCAUUUAGGUCGUUGGAGAUAUCGAGGCUUAAUUAUCGUAUGGCUCUGGAUAUAUUGGAUAAUCGGUUUAACAACAACCGACUUGUGUUCCAGUCACACAUCAAGGAUAUUUUGGGUACCAAGAAGGUGGAGGCAGGAGCAUCCGUGGCCACAAAACUUCACUCUGGGCAGUCAGAGGAAAUUGCAAACAGCAUUCUCAUUUACGUGCUGCUGCAAAAGCUGGAUGUGGAAACCCAGGCGGCGUGGGAGGAUAGCAGGGCAUUGGACAACCCUGCUGACGAUAAAGUCUAA